UGAUGCUCGUGAUUCAACAAGUUGCCGCCAAAAAAUCCAGAGCCUCAUUUCUAUCUCGUUUCAGCAUCACUCUUCAUCACACCAACCCAUUUCGGUGUCCUUUUUCAAAGCCCAGCACCGGUACUGUAUCACGAAAGCUGUCUGAAUUGACUGAGCUAGACUAGUAGUAGCUAGAAUGGUGUAUUUAUGAAAGCAGGCAUACCUGUCAUCCCUCCAUCUUGUUGACUUUCCUUUUGAAACGAAACCAAAGCAUCUGCAAACCUGCAUGUUUCUACGUGUUAGAUAAAAUUCCGUCUCAAGAUUAUUCCCACGACGACAAAAAUGACAAGAAGAUAAUGAAGAAAUUGAUUACCAAUUCUAGUAGUGGCAAAAAGACGAAAUUCAGCAUGAGGCUACUGGUAAAGUUUUGCUUUGGGAUGGCCAUAUUGGUCUGGGGCAUCAGUCUCCUGUGGGUAUCCAGGCAUGCCAAUAACUUCCAACAAGACGAAGAAUACGACCAUAACAUAGUACUUGGCGUUCCAACAAUCCACUACCACAUUCCCGAGAGCCUGGUACCAUCCCAUCCCGUCAGAGUGCUCGCUAGAGACCCAAGCCAAGAACAAAUCAAAACCCCCGACGGACGGUCCACCCUGCUCAGUACCGAAGCAUUCCGGGAGUUUGGGGAGGAUCUCAGGACCUUGAUGCAACAGGGACGAGAAAGCUUACUCAGCCGGGGGAACGUUGAGGCCACAAUUGGAUUUCGACAGCACUUGCAUGCACGAGCGCCAUGGCUCAAAGGAGAUCCCAGUGAUCCCGCAUGGCCCUACAAUACCAUCCCAAAGCCAAUCGAUGGCAAAGCAAUCAUCAUUUGUGCUGGAGAUCCACAAUUACCCUAUCUGAAAAACCUCAUUUAUUCGUUGCGGGUUGACCAUGAUUCCUCCAUGCCCAUUAAAAUCAUCUUCUUGGAUGACCAAGAUCUCACAACACCUUCCCAGGAGAUUGUCACGAAUAUCAUCCCUCCAGACAAACCAAAGAACUUGGAGUUUGUCAACUUGUCGAAAUACUUUAACCUCAAGCAGGUCCACUUGAAGGGGUGGGACUUGAAAGCCUAUGGUCUAUUGGCAGUGCCGGAAAAUGAAGUCAUGUUUCUCGAUGUCGAUGUCAUGCUGCUACAAUCACCCGAAACCAUGUUUGAACAGAACGGAUACCAAGAAUCCGGUGCCCUGUUCUUUCACGAUCGCAUGUUUAUGAGAUACAUUGACUUUUUGUACGACCCAGGCACCUUUGCCAUGGCGCUGCAACCCAAUCUAUCGGAUCCAGCCAAACGGGCCAUCCACAAUGGAGACACACCGUACAACUCGGAACACGUCCAAGAAUCAGGAAUGCUUCUCUUGGAUAAGACACGUAGCAUUGUGGGCUUGUGGGCAGUCUGCCUCAUCUAUGGCCGGGAAGACGUGCGAAGGUAUGCACAGGCAUAUCACAUGUACGGGGACAAGGAAAUGUACUGGAUCAGUUUUGAAACUGUUGGAGAGAAAUACACGUGGGCAAAGUUCUACCCGGGGGCCAUUGGGGGAGUCGCCACUGAUUUUGAGUUCAACAACAUUGCCAUGGUCCCAACUGACGCGGGCCCUGAUGUUGGCCGCAAACUAGAGUAUGCCAACAACAAUCAUUUUGGCCUAUGCGGUCGACUCGUGCACUUUGACGAGAUGGGACAACCACUCUGGGUCAAUGGGGGAUAUUUGACGAAAGAAGAGGAAUGGCAAAGUACGAGUGCGGUUGGUUCCUAUCCUCUGAAUCCACUGUGGUUUGUGGAUGGCGGCGACUGGACUACGGAAGACUUUAUUCCAGAGUACACGGCUGGCCCAUUUGAAAAGAUUUGGUCAUUUUUUGCCCCAAAUCCUCGCUUGGAAGAUUAUUUGGGACACUGGGAACAUGUCAAGGACAGUAUUCCCAUGAAUCAGAACUGGAGAGUCCACGAAAGAAUUGGAGUCUAUUGCUUGAUGGCCAACACCAGAGGGAUCCAGCUGGUACCGCCUGCAGCCUACGAGUUGGGCUCCGAAGCCGUGAAAAGGUUCUUUUUGGAGGAGCUGCAGAAGGGUCACAAGUAUGAUAAUUAUUUCCAAUAACCUCAAACCUUUCGACUUGCCUAUUUACGGUACCGGCAGCGGUAGAUGGUAGUAUCCAACACAAAGCUUCGAGAAGCAGACGAUUGAAUCGAAUCAUACCUUGCCCAGGACGUCGAUCUAGCUUGGUGGAGCUCAGCAUUGGUCGGAUCGAGAGCAUUGGCUUCUUUGCGUUCGGAUCUGGUCGGUGACUCCCACGACGAACCAAUGCGAUAAGGUCAUGAGCCACAUGAGAUUCACAGAAAAG